AUGAAGAUUGAAAAUCAAACUUUGAAUCCAGAAUUUCAUUUCCAACCGUUCACAACCAUCCCAGAGAUUAAAUGGCUGCUCUUCUGGACUUUUCUUAUUCUCUACUUGCUCAGUCUACUUGGGAAUGGGUCCGUUGCUUUCAUCAUUUACACUGUAAACUCUCUCCAUACACCAAUGUAUUUUUUCUUGGCUAAUCUGGCAUUUCUGGAGAUCGCCUACUCCUGUAGCAUUGCCCCCUUAACUUUGGCUAAUCUUGGUUCAGUGAGAAAGAUCUCCAUUUCUUUGAGUGGGUGUGGCACCCAGAUGUUUUUUUUUACCUUCCUGGGGGGUUCAGAUUGCAUCCUGCUGGCUAUCAUGGCUUAUGAUCGAUGCGUGGCAAUUAGCCACCCAUUAAGCUACCCUCUCAUUAUGACCUGGAGAAGAUGUAUGAUUCUUGUAGUUGGAACAUGGGCCAUGAGCGGGUUUCUUUCUUUCCAGUUGAGUCUCCUCAUACUGACUUUGACUUUCUGUGGCAAUAAUAUGUCAGUGAGAAAUUUUGUCUGUGAUUUUCCUGCUCUAAUAAAAGUGGCAUGUGGAGACACCCAUGCCCAGGAACAUGGCCUUUUUAUUAUAAGUGCUGUUUACUUGACUGUCCCUGUCAUACUAAUCUGCAUAUCCUAUAUCUUCAUCACAGUGGCCGUCCUGCGCAUCCCUUCUGCCUUGGGGCGUAAAAGAGCUUUCUCUACUUGUUCCUCCCAUAUAAUGGUCGUCCUUAUGCAGUAUAGCUUUAGCAGUUUAAUAUACCUGUGCCCUGCUUCCUGCUUAUCAGCCACGCAAGUUCGGGAGGUGUCUGUCGUCUACACUUUCAUCACACCUGUAUUAAACCCCCUGAUUUACAGCCUGAGGAGCAAAGAGUUAAAAGAGGCAAUGAACAGGACCUUCAGAAGAAUAAUGCUGCCUCAGAAGAAAUGA